UGACCACUCACUCGCUUUCGCCAAUCUGUCUUUACGGUAAACCGGGCCAGCAGAGAUGAGUGCUCCAAAUCAGUCCCAGUUGGUUUUUAAGGGAAUCUGCAAGCAGGUUCUCUCUGGUGAUGCCAUCACCAUCCGGAGUCAGCCGCGGGGCGGCCGGCCCAAGGAGCGGCAGCUGAACCUCAGCAAUGUGACGGCGCCGCGGCCGGCGCGGCGCGGCGCCGGCAACGCUGACGCCACGGCCGACGAGCCGUGCGCCUGGGCCAGCCGCGAGUUUCUGCGCAAGAAGCUCGUCGGCAAGGAAGUGCUCUUCACUGUGGAAACGUCCACCAACACUGGCCGCGAGUACGGCUACGUCUACCUCGGGGCCGAUAUCGCCACCGGGGAGAACCUGGUGGAGACGCUGGUGUCGGAGGGUCUGGUGCAGGUGCGGCGCGAGAACCUGCGCGAGUCGGCCGCCAAGCUGGUGGAGCUGGAGGACACGGCCAAGGCGCAGGGCAAGGGCAAGUGGGCGCCCGACGCCUCAUCGCAGGUGCGGGACAUCACCUGGUCGGUGGAGAACCCGCGUGUGCUGGUGGAGAAGUUCGGCGGCAAGCCCGUGUCGGCCGUGAUCGAGCACGUGCGCGACGGCUCCACUAUGCGCGCCUUCCUGCUGCCCGACAUGUACCACGUGACCGUGAUGCUGUCGGGCGUGCGCUGUCCCACCGUGCGGCUCGGCCCCGACGGCAAGCCGGACCAGGCGCUGGCCGAGCCGUACUGCGAGGAGGCGCGCUUCUUCGUCGAGUCGCGCCUGCUGCAGCGGGACGUGCAGAUCGUGCUGGAGUCGGUCAACAACGCCAACUACAUCGGCAGCGUGCUGCACCCGAAUGGCAACAUCGCGGAACUCCUUCUGCGUGAUGGAUUCGCCCGCUGCGUUGACUGGUCGAUUGCGCAUGCGCACUGCGGAGUGGAAGCGUUGCGGAGCGCCGAGCGUGUCGCCAAAGAGAAGAAGCUCAGGAUAUGGAAGGACUACAAGCCUUCCGCGGCUCUGAGCUCCGUUAAGGACAAGGACCUGACGGGCAAGGUGGUCGAGGUGGUGAACGCGGACGCCAUGGUCAUUCGGCUGCCGGACAACUCCACCAAGAAGUUCUUCUUGUCGUCGGUGCGUUCGCCGCGGCUCGAGAGCAAGGACGGCGAGCAGGUGCAGCGACCCAAGCGAAUGCGUCCGCUGUACGACAUCCCGUUCCUGUACGAGGCGCGCGAGUUCCUGCGGCGCAAGGUCAUCGGCCAGAAGGUGCACGUACACGUGGACUACGUGCAGCCGGCGUCGGACAACUUCCCCGAGAAGACGUGCUGCACCAUCAAGCUGGGCGGCGUGAACAUGGCCGAGGCGCUGGUCAGCAAGGGCCUGGCCACCGUGGUACGCUACCGGCAGGACGAGGAGCGCCGCUCGUCGCAGUACGACGCCCUGCUCGCUGCCGAGAUGAAGGCUCAGAAGAGCGGCAAUGGCCUUUGGGGCAAGAAGGAGAACACCACCGUCAAGGUGCAGGACUGCGCCGGCGAUCUGCAGAAGUCGAAGCAGUUCCUGCCGUUCCUGACGCGCGUCGGUCGCGCCGACGGCAUUGUCGAGUUCGUGGCCAGCGGCUCGCGCAUGCGCAUCUACGUGCCGCGCGAGACGUGCCUGAUCACGUUCCUGCUGGCGGGCGUGUCGUGCCCGCGCGGCGCGCGGCCCGGCCCCGGCGGCACCACGACCGAGGCCGAGCCGUUCGGCGAGGAGGCGGCCGCCUUCACGCGCGACCUCUGCCUCCAGCACGAGGUGCAGAUCGAGGUCGACUCGAUGGACAAGGUCGGUAACUUCAUCGGCUGGCUGUACGUGGACGGCAAGAACCUGGCUGUCGAGCUGGUGACGGCCGGCCUGUCGUCGAUGCACUUCUCGGCCGAGAACUCGAAGCACUACACGGCGAUCCAGCGCGCUGUCGACCAGGCCAAGGCCGCCAAGAAGGGCAUCUGGAAGAACUACGUAGAGAAGGCGCCCGUGGCGGACGAGUCGUCGGCAGAGGCCGAGUCGGGCGAGCGCAAGGAGCACUACCGCUCUGUGGUCAUCACUGAGGUGGGCGAUGACUGCCGUUUCUUCGCGCAGAGCGUCGACAAGGGCCAGGAGCUGGAGACCAUGAUGGAGAAGAUGCGUGCCGAGCUGGCCAACAACCCGCCGCUGGCCGGCGCCUACCGGCCCAAGAAAGGGGACCAGUGCGCGGCGAAGUUCGUCGACGGCGGGUGGUACCGGGCGCGCGUCGAGCGGAUAGUGCAGGGCCAGGUCAGCCUCAUCUACGUCGACUACGGCAACCGCGCCACGGUGCCGGUGACGGACUGCGCCGCGCUGCCCGGCAUGUUCGCCGCGGCGCCGCGCUACGCCAAGGAGUACCGCCUCGCCUGUGUCAAGAUGCCCAAGGACGAGGACCUGGCCAAGGAGUCGCGCGACGCCUUCGCCGACGACUGCUGCGACCGCGAGGUGGAGAUGAACGUCGAGUACCGCGACGGCCUGGAGUACGUCACGCUGCGGUCGAACCAGCAGGACGUGGCCAAGGCGCUGCUGGAGGAGGGCCUGCUGAUGGUGGCGCAGCGGCGCGACGCCCGCCUGCGGCCGCUGCUCGCCGAGUACCAGGCAGCGCAGGACCGCGCGCGCCACGAGCAUAAGAACAUCUGGCAGUACGGCGACAUCACGGACGAUGACGCCACGGAGUUCGGACGCUAGGUGGUGCCGCGUUUUAACGCCGCCGCGGGCGGCGACCGGCCGGCGGGGGGUGUACUGUUACAGGGCGGGUCAGUCCGAGGAGGCGAUAGCUAUGGAAUUAUUCAUUCCUGCCGUUUGCUUUUGUACGGAUUGUUAAUUUGCGUCGCCGGGGCGGUGUUGGGUUACGUGCCACUGGCUCCAUUCUUGGAAAGACUAUUUUUCAAUUGGCGGUGGCGUUUACCGGUAUUCUCUGCAUGCGUGAUUAAAUUUACCUAUGCAAAGAAUAAAUCCCGAGGUCGAGGA